UAGAAGGAAGUGGCUCUGACUUCCCCAGGAAAUGGGAAGAGGAAACCCCGGGGCUUCGACCUCUUUUGGCUGCACUGGAACCACAAGACGACCACAACGACGACGACGGAGAGAAAGAAGAAGAAGAAGAAGAAGAAGGUCGAGACAGAAAGAGAGAGAGAUAUUCUCCAGCAGACUGGACACAAAGACGUGAGACAUAUUCUGGUCGCUGGGUUUUGUGUUUUUGGAGAUGAAGUUUCUCCUCGCGGCGCUCGGUGCUCUGCUCUGCUGCUCGCUGUCCUCCCAAACACUGGAUCCCACGGGGAGGAACGUCUGCCACGACGUCAGGCUCCCCUCCACCUCGGCGUGCUGCGCCGGGUGGCGUCGAGACGGAGACGAGUGCUCCGUCCCCGUGUGUGAGGGAGAGCAGGCCUGCCUGAAGGAGGAGGUGUGUGUGUACCCAGCAGUGUGUCGCUGCCCUCCUGGUUACUACGGCGCUCACUGUAAAACACGCUGCCCCCCUGAGUUCUGGGCCCCAGACUGCCGCCGGGUGUGUCCGUGCCACCCCCACGGCCAGUGUCACCCCGUCACCGGCGAGUGCACCUGCAACCCCAACCGCUGGGGCGCGCUCUGCCAGCACGCCUGCAAGUGCGCCCGGCACGGCCGCUGCCACCCGGUCCACGGCAACUGCAGCUGCGACGAGGGCUGGUGGACGCCCACCUGCUCCAAGCCGUGCCAGUGCGUCGCCGGCGGCUCGGCGGGGCCCGGCUGCGACCAGCUGACGGGCCGCUGUCAGUGCCGGCGGGGCCACUGGGGGCUCAAGUGUCCCGCCGCGUGCAACUGCUACCUGUCGCCGUGCAACCAGCGCACCGGUGUGUGCGACUGCGAGUCCAUCUGGUGGGGGCCGAGCUGCGACCGGCGGUGCAACUGCGACCUGCAGCACAGCAGCUGCGACGCGGCCGGCGGCCGCUGCCUGUGCCACCCGGGCCACCAGGGCGCCUUCUGCAACCAGCCCUGCGAGGCCGGGAAGUACGGCAGCGGCUGUCAAAUGAGCUGUGGUUUCUGUAAAGACGGCCGGCUCUGCUCCGACACCGACGGCGCCUGCGACGCCUGCGAGUCCGGCUGGAACGGCACGCGGUGCGACCGGCCGUGUCCGUCCGGUUCCCACGGAGACGGCUGCCGGGAGGCGUGUCCUCGCUGCAGGGACAACGAGCCGUGUGACCCCAAAACCGGGAGAUGCUGGAGGUGUGACCCCGGAUGGACCGGACACAGGUGUGAGGUCACCUGCUCCAACAGGACGUUCGGAGAUGCCUGCGGCUCCAUGUGCGGCCCUUGUUUCCAUGGCGACUGCCAUCACGUGACAGGAAGAUGCGUCUGUGAGCCGGGCUUUCAGGGAGAGAGUUGCAACAGCAGCUGCUCCGCCUUGCAGUUCGGCCUCAACUGUUCCUCAGCCUGCGACUGCAGUGAAGGGCACAGCUGCAACCCGGUGACCGGCGUCUGCCCCCACAGUGGCAGAGCUGCUGUCCUCGCAGGUGUGCUGGUCCCUCUGCUGCUGCUGCUGCUGGCUGUGCUCUGCUGCUGCUUGUGUUGUGGAGGAGGUCCCGUGGACGGCAAAGACAGGGCGACCGCGGCCGACGUAGGCCGGGCGGCUCGGAUGAAAUAUCACGUCUACGGCGUCCUGGCUAACAUCGGCGCCGCCAUCCCCUGUAUCUCUGAUUGGUCCUCCGGCCUCCCUCGUGUCACUGUGUCUCACCAUGACCCGGAGCUGACGUUCAACCACAGCUUCAUCGAGCCUCCUUCCUGUGGCUGGGUGACCGAGGGCUCGUCCUUCGACAGCGACGAGGAGGAGGAGGAAGAGGCGCUCUACAGCAUCCCUCCGAGAGAAGGCAUCGCGGCGGUGGCGGGCGGCGAGUUCCACGAGAUGAGCUCCAAGUGCAACAUGUUCUUGGACCCGUGCGGCUUCAGCAGCGAGGACAUCGCCUCGCCCUUCAGCAUCCCGCGCACCUCCAGCAUCGCCAAGUCCAAUCGGCCGGCCGUCUCCUUCGCCGAGGGCACCCGCUUCAGCCCCAAAGAGAGGCGCGGCUCGGCCCAGGACCCCAAGUCCCCGUGGGGGGUCUCGGUGCUGUCCGCCCUGCAAGGUCAGGAGAGUGCGGCCGGGGAGGAGGACGGAGGGGAGAGCGAGGAGGGGGACGAUGGCGUCGGCGCGCAGGCGGCGGCCAAUCGGGACGGAGGCUGUGAGCCGGGCGACCAGGAAGUAGACGGGACCCCUUCCGGGGUCGCCCCGCUCGUCCCCGGGGCGUCGGGGCGACGGCGAGCGGCGUCCAACGCUCAUAAAGGUGGCCAGCCGCCGCCGGCCGACGCCCAGGCGGGGGUCUUAAAUAAGCUCACCACGGUGUACGUGACGGUGGGCGAGGCGGGUAAACCCGCCUCGAAGGCGGAGACGAGCUCCGAGGGGCCGGUUCAAGCCAUGCUGCGGCGAAUCGGAAGCCUCCAGAGACAAAGGGAGCAGGAGACGGGCAAGGCCAAGCCCAAAGGAGCCGAAGGGAUCGCCAAGCCGCCGCGGAGGAAGCUCGGGGAUCGGGCGAGCGUGUGGGAGGAGGGAGGCCCGCCCGGAGGGGAGGUGGGCAUAUGUAAGCCAAUCAGGAGGAAGCACGACGCGGACGCCGCCGCGAAGAGGCCUCCGUCGUUGGUUUUGUUGAGCGUGCCGGAGGCGGGGUCAGAUCUGAGGAGCGAGAGCGGUGGACCCGGGACGGGCAAAACCGAGGGCACCUACCUGACCGUGGGACCCGCUGUGAGUCUCACCGAGGUGGUCGGUGUGGAUGAUGAACCCUGCUAUGAAAAUGUCAUAUUUACACACUCGUAACCUCAGAAACUGCUGAGUCAGCAGGUAACUGCAUAUGUAUCACUCUGCAGUUAUAAAGUUACAGGAACAGAGGAUUUAUUUUGGUGUUAUUUGUUACGCAAUGCACAGCUUGUACAUCGAUGCCUACUUACUUCACCUUUUAGAUUAAAUUCUACAGGACAGAAUGUAAACACAUGACAUUUAUAUUUAAGAUCGAAAUUUCCCCAUGUUGUAUGAACUGUAUACAAACAAAGUACUGUGAUAUAUAUAUAUAUAUAUAUCUUUUCUUUUUUAAUAUAUAUCUUUUUUUCGUUGUUAGUUAUAUAUAUAUAUUAUAUAAAUAUAUCUUUUUUUUCUUUGUUAUAUAUUUAUAUAUAUAUAUAUAUAUUUUUUCUUUUCUUUGUUAGGUAUAUAUAUAUAUAUUAAUGUCUGCUUCUGGACUUUAUAACAGAUAAAAAGACAUGACAACAUCUGCGUCUCAAAGCAUCAUGAAGUGAGUUCUUGAUCACGGUUGUUUUUACUUAUCAUGGAUACAAGUACAAGACAGACAGUAACCGGUUGUGAACAUGCAAUCAAAGGCGACUCGCUCUGUAACACAGUACAUCGUUUAAACAUUUAUGUAUUUAUUGUAGUAUUAUAUGUUCCUCUCUGGAGUCGUAAAUAAUGUUUCUAUGAUUACGAUCGGUCAAAGUCCCGCCUGCCGCUGACCUCUGACCUCUGCUGAGUCACAUGUUGAGUAAAACACUUUAGCAAUUAUAAUGUCCGGAUUUUCUUUUUUCUCAUAACUGAUAAUCUGUAAAUGUUUCUGAG